AUGAAGUUAAUAAUAAGCAUUUGUUUAGUGCUUGCUGCAUUUGUUGUGGCCAACAAUGCCUACAAAGAUCCAUAUGCACUGCAAAACGUGAUAUUCAACACUGCAGCCAAUUGUAGCGAUCACACUAAUCCAUGCGAUUGGAGCAAUCCAUCCAACUGGAUCGGUGGCAUCGUGCCAACCUACUCCUCAUCGGUCACCAUCGACUACUCCUCAGUCAACCCCCCACCAGCCCCACAAUACAUCAACAUUGGCAACAACACCAGCGCCUACAUGGCCUCGCUCAACAUCAAUGGACCAAACGUCGAGCUCAGCAGCUACUCCACCAUGUUCUACGUUUACAACACUAUCUCUGUGAACAACGCCCACUUGGUGCUCAAUAUGGGCAACCUCUAUGCGUACGGCCCAUUCAACCUGCUCGGAAACUCCACGUUCCUGGCCUACACCAGUUUCCUCAACGCCAACGGCUCAGCUCUGAUCGACACCAACGCUCAAUUCCACGCGACCCACAACUCGGGCGUCAACUUUGACAAGUCCAUCGACCAGUCACAGCAGACCAUCGUGUUCCGCUCGGCGCCCAUCAUUGAUACCAUGACAGGCUUCUCCGUGGCCGGACCAAACGCCACCUUCCUGGCAGGCAUCAACGCCGAUACCAACCAGGCCAUGGUCUUCCUGAACACCACCUAUCUCUAUGGCACCACUUCGCUCCAGUCAUUGCGUGUGCUCAACACCCUCACCUUGAUGGAUGCCGCCGUGCUCAACGUCGCCAACCAGUUCUACGGUCUGCCAGGCUGCGUUGUCUCCAUUGGCGACGGUGCUCUCACCAUUGGUAACGGAGACGUCACCAACUUCUCCUUCGCCGCUGACAUCCAGGGAACAGUGACAUCGUCGUUCCACGGCACACUUUUGAUCCAGAACUUCCCAGGCACCAUCUCCAUCGACCAGGUUCAAACAAUGGGCAGUGUCUCUGUCGACAACGUCUAUCAGUUCAACAUUGGCAGCGACAUGGAUCCACUUCAGUCAAACCUCACCAUUCUCAACAUCGCCGGUACGUCAUACUUCCAGAUUGACACUGCCGAUAUCGCAUUGAUUGCCAUCGGACAAUCCGCAUCCAGACUGGCUCAGCUGCGUGUCUUUAUCAGCUUCACAUCGACCUCCAACAUCGGCCGCUCGCAGACUCCCCUCAACAACACGAUCUUCAACGUGCUGGACGGCGCCGUCCUCACCAUGGAGGGCGAGCUCACCUUUUACGGCACAUCCGGUAUCUACCUGUACGGUGAGAUGACCAUCUUGAACAACAUUGCGUUUGAUCAGCCCCCCGCACUCAGCAUCCAAGGUGGCGCCGCUUCGUUGCGCUCGGACAACGUCACCCUGAAUGGCACAGUCACCAUGAUUGCCGGCACCUACUACCCGGUGCAGACGACCAUCGUUGGCGACUUUGACCAGAUCGGAGGUAUGUUGCACUUUGCCGGUGUCAUUGGCGAGAACCUCGUUGUUAUGGGCGACUUCACGUCGACUGUGAACGGCACCAUCGCCUUCACCGACGCCAUCCAGCCAGACAGUGACUCAGUGAUCAUGGUUGAGGGCCAGGUGUCCAUCACCGACAACCUGCUCAUCCAGUUCCUCGAGACAACUCCACAGGGCAACGUUGACUAUUACAUCAUGUCAUCGCUCAACAACCCAAUCCAGGGAAUGUUCUCCUUUGCCGACGUUGCAUGGGAGGCCACCAAGAUCAUCCCCUACACCUACGAGAUCUACGUCACCAACCCUGCCAACGAGAUGAUCCUCAGCUUCAAGGCUCCACCCCCUGCUCAGCAGAAGCAUCUGCCAGGCUGGGCCGUCUUCCUCAUCGUCUUGGCCGUUCUCACUGUCGUUGGUCUUGCAUUCCUCGGCUUCAGAUACUACAGAAGAAACCAAGGUUACAUUGCCUUGUAG